AUGAGUGCUACAAAAGCGCAGUCUCAAAAGAUUUUUGAGAAGCUCAAGUUGAAGCCCGCAAACAAGAUAUGCUUCGACUGCGGCUCCAAGAACCCGACAUGGUCGUCAGUGCCUUUCGGUAUCUACUUGUGUCUUGACUGCUCAGCCCAUCACCGCAAUCUUGGUGUCCAUAUCUCGUUUGUUCGUUCCACGAACCUCGACCAAUGGCAAUGGGAGCAGCUUCGGAUUAUGAAGGUCGGCGGAAACGAAUCAGCCACUAAGUAUUUCCAAUCGCAUGGAGGAUCCGCGGCUUUAGCUAGCAAGGACGUCAAGGUCAAAUACACCUGCAACGCUGCUGUCAAGUACAAGGAGGAGUUGAAAAGACGGGCUGCGCAGGAUGCUCAACAAUACCCCGAGGAGGUUGUGAUCACGGACGUUCCCGCUGGCACUGCUUCGGACGGAUCGAGUACCCCUGCGGGUGACGCGGACGACGAUUUCUUUUCUUCAUGGGAUAAGCCUUCUAUUAAGCGACCCAGCAACCCACCUUCGCGCACAGGUACCCCACCAGUGGUGAGCCGGACUGCAUCACCCUUCCUGAACGCCGGUGCCAAUGGCAAUGGUGCUCGCUCGAAAUCGCCUCUUUCAGCAUCGGACAAGGAGGCUACUUCGCCUGCUCCGACCGCUAUCCGAGCAAGCGCUUCUGUCCGGAAGGCUUCGUCUACAACUACCGCGAAGAAGGGCAGUGUUCUAGGCGCCAAGAAAGCGCCUAAGCUGGGUGCUAAGAAGAUUGGCGGAGCAGAAGCUAUCGAUUUUGAGGAGGCAGAGCGAAAGGCCAAAGAGGAGGCAGAGCGCAUUGAGAAACUCGGAUACGACGCCGAAGCAGAACAAGCCGAGGCCGAUGCCAAAGCCAAGACUUCCACUGCUGCCACCGCUAUCGCUUCUCCCACUCCAAUCAGCCCAAGAGCAGGUGGCUUCGGGUCCGCGAGCAAAUCUCAUGAACGAAGCGCCAGUGAAGUGGAGCGCCUCGGAAUGGGUAUGGGAAGACUGGGAUUCGGCCAGACUGUUGGCGCAAAGCCUGCUGCUCCCAAGAAGCUGGGAUUCGGCUCUGUUGCUCCUGUCAGGAGCGCUGAAGAUGAGGAGGAACUUGAGCGCACUAGAUCCAGGUUCGGUAGUCAGAAGGGUAUCUCGUCGGACGAGUUCUUCGGACGGGAUCGCUUCGACCCUAAUGCGCAGGCUGAAGCUAAAGAGCGACUCCGCCAGUUUGACGGGGCAACCGCCAUCUCAAGCAAUGCUUACUUUGGUCGUCCGGAAGAUGAUUUGACUGGUGAUGACACUUACGGCGAUCUUGAGAGUGCAGCCAAGGAUUUCGUACGCCGUUUCGGUAUCACGGCUGGUGAUGAUCUCGAAAACUUGACACAGCUUGUAGGUGAAGGUGCUGUUAAAUUGCAGGGAGCUAUCCGCAGCUAUCUCAACAGCUAG